AUGGAUGAAACCGUGCGUUCCUGGAGCUGGCCGUAUCUUAGGGUAGCCACACGGAGAGCUGCACAUUCUCCUCAUUUACUUGGAUUCAUUUCUGGUUGUGGAAAGAUGGAGACUUUUGUAUUCUUAUUCUCAUUCACUGCUUUGGGCGUUCUGUACGCCAUGAACGUCACACCUGAAUUUCAAGAGCCUUUUGUGAUCUUGGAGAUUGGUGUGGCUGUACUGGUUGUAGUGUUGCUGUUUUAUUUCCUCAUCACUCGCGGUAACCCACCCAAAGACCUCUUAUUUUUUGUUUUUGCAGAGUUUUGCUUCACUUGUGUCAUUGACCUGGUCAGUGCCUUGGAAUACGAUGGCAUCAUUUCCGGAUUCAUGGAGUUCUACCAGAAAACAGGUGAGCCAUAUCUGGGAACGUCCUAUGCCAUUAUGAUGUGCUACUGGGAUGGUAUCGCACACUUCAUCAUGUACUUGAUAAUGAUCAGCCGGAUAACAGACAGGAAGGCGUAUCGUACUGUUGGCUUGUUCUGGGCCGGCUCUCUCUGCGCCAACAUGAGCGUGUUUAUUUCGGGCAUUGUGUCAGGAAAGUAUGGCUCCGAGAUUCGUCCAGCAUUUUGGCUCAAUUUUGUCUUUCUUCUCAUGCCCAUUUUUGGAGCGAUUGCACUAUUUAAUCGGCCCAAGGAGAGACCACUCACUGGCGGAUAUAAUGCCCAACAAGCACAGUCUAUGAAGCUGAUCUGGCGUCCCCAAGACCUUCUUCUCGUGGUGCUUCUGUUGGCAGCCAUUGCAUUUACCAUUGUCAGAGGUUUGGUGGCCCUCGAUGCCCCUCUGGAAAUCUGCUCGACCUACCUGCGGCAGUACGAGCCCUACCUCAAGGACCCCGCAGGCUUCCCCAGAGUUAUGAUGCUGCACCAGUUUUUCUAUGGGCUGCCUCUGCUUGGUGCGUUCGUUUAUGGACUGCUUAAGCCCGGCUGCACCUGGAUGUCAGACUGGACCAUUUUCUUUGCUGGAGCCAUGACCCAGUGCCAGUGGGCUCAUAUUGGAGGGUCUCUGCACCCGCGCACCACAGCCCCCUUCCAUAUCCCCAGUGACGCGCUGUGCCUGGUGCUGGCAGCUAAUAUGCUCUAUGCACUCACUCCCAUCCUGGUGGCCUUAAGGGUGCGGAGUAACCCCUAUUUCUUCCUGAAGAUCGCUCCAUUUCCUGGACAGACAGGUCUGCCCAACAGUGAGGAGAAAGACACCAAAUAUAAAGAGAAAUGA